AUGGCGAUUCUGUCACAGGCUUUAUUGACUUUGUCGGCGACGCUGCCAACUCUAUGCUCAUCAGCAAAGCCUCUCGAGCCGUUUGUCUACAAUAACAUUCCACUCGGAUCAAUCGCACCCAAUGGCUGGCUCCAAGGCGAAAUGGAGACAGAGGCCAAUAGUCUCAGCGGGCAUCUCUACGAUUUUUGGAAAUUCGUUCAUGACUCGAGCUGGCUCGGGGGCAAUUCUGAGUACAGUGGCCUGAACGAGGCCUUUCCAUACUGGCUAAAUGGACUUGUCCCCCUUGCAUACGGUGUGGACGACGUGCGCCUCAAGGGUCAGGUAUUCCAAGCCAUGGAUUAUUUAUUAGAGCACAUGGUACAGGAAGACGGCUGGAUCGGCCCAGAGAAAGAUGGACCUGGGGGCGGAGCUCGCUUAAUCUGGGCUAGGACCUUGCUUUUCGAGGCUUGGACGAAUAUUGCAGACGUAGCAGGUUCCAACUACACCAAGCCAGUGGUAGCAGCCAUGCACAACUUUAACAAGCUGAUGGUCUCGAUGUUGGAGAACAACGGAACAGGUCUCAUUCCGCAAGUUGACUCCAUACUUGACGACGGUUACUACUUUUGGGGACGUGGCAGAGUGCAGGACCUCAUACUUAGUCUGGAAUGGUUGUACGACAAUUAUCCGGAAGGAAACGAGAUGCAAUUGCUCCAGGGCAUCGAACUUCUUCACUACUACGGCUGGAACUGGGAAGACUGGUUCGACGAGUCAGCCUAUGCAUUCGGGAAUCUGAACUCGUAUAGCGAUGACUUUUCGAACGACAACUACCAGUAUUUACACGGCGUAAACGUGGGAGAAGGCUUGAAAGCUGCGGCGGUCAUCCGUCGCUACACGUACAACGAAAGUCUAGUGCAGACUGGAAAGGAUGGCAACGAUUGGACGUUCCAGUAUCAUGGCAACCCUAUGGGCUCGGUGAUUGCGGACGAGCGUGAGGAUGGUCUCAAUCCUUGGUCGGGAUCCGAGACAUGUACGGCAGUUGAAGUCAUCUUCUCGCAAGCCUACAACUAUCGUGCUUUUGGAGACACCUUUUAUGCCGACUCCGCCGAGCUUUCUGCCUUCAAUGCACUCCCUGGUGCUUUGACAGAAGACUGGUGGGCUCACAAUUACAUGUCACAGCCGAACUCACCCUUCUCCAAGAAUCUCACCUCGACCCCGUUCUACGACGUCAAUACGGUUGGCCAGACAUAUGGGCUCGAGCCUGACUAUCCCUGCUGCACCGUCAACCAUCCCGCGGGACUACCAAAAUUCCUCCAGAAUACUUUUAUGACUGUCGGCAACAACGGACUGCUGCACGCCUUGCUCAGUCCAGCAACUGUGAAAACAACAGUCAGUGGUGGGAAUGUUCAGGUUGAGUGUGAGACGAAUUACCCUUUUGAGUCCACUCUAUUCUACAAUAUAGAGGCCGAAAAGCGAUUCGAGUUCUACGCUCGUAUUCCUGGCUGGGCCACAUCGGCGGUCUUGAGGAGUAGUACGGGCAUGCAGGCCGGCGCCUCUGAGAAUGAUGUUGUGAAGAUCGCCGUUCCUCAGGGAAAGUCACGCCUCCUUUACACGUUGGGCACGAGCAUUCGCACGACUCCACGCGCCAACGAUACAGUUGCAGUCUACUACGGCCAACUACUCUACGCCAUUGAAAUCUCGGCCGAUGUUACAUCAACGCCGCCACAUAAUUACUACACUGGAGAAGAGUAUCCGCCAGGUUACGCCCCUCCUCAGUCCCGCGACUAUGUCAUGAUCAACAAUUCGGAGUGGAACAUUGCCAUCGAUCCUAGCACCCUCCGAUACGUUUCUUCUGGUCCCUCGUCCUAUGCGAUCAACGACUCCCCUCAGGCUUUGCCAACUCCAAUCUUUGCUGCUGGUGCACCGCCGAUGCACAUGACUGCUCAAGGCUGCCUGAUCGACUGGCCACUUAUCUACAAUGGCAGCACACCCGGCCCGCCUCCCACUGGAAAUGAUAGGAAAUGUCUCGGAACAGCUUUCCAAGUCAAACUAGUACCCUAUGCUAGUGCGAAGCUGCAUAUGGCUGAAUUGCCUGUCCUCAACUUGAGGAAUAUUCAUUGA